AUGGCCUUCAUAGGGUUUAUUCAAUCAUUUGAUCCUGCAGCUGAGUCAUGGAUCUCCUGGGUGGAGAGGCUGGAACAGUAUAUGGAAGCAAAUAAUGUGACUGUUGAAAAGAGAAGUGCAGUUUUUCUCACUGCAUUGGGUCAAGCUGCAUAUGGAACCCUCAGAGACCUUGUUUCUCCAGACAAGCCAGCCUCUAAGUCCCUGCCUGAGUUAAUUCAGACGCUACAUACACACUACAACCCGAAGCCGUUAGAAAUCGCAGAGCGGUUUAAAUUCUACAGUAGAAGGCAGCAGGCCGGGGAGGAUAUAAAGACAUAUAUCAUUGCUUUACGUAAACUAGCUGCCACUUGUCAGUUUGGAGACUACCUACAGACGGCUCUCCGUGACAUGUUCGUCAUGGGACUCUGCGACCCAGCCAUACAGAAACGUUUACUCACAGAACCCGACUUGACUCUGACGAAAGCCACUGACCUUGCUACGGUCAUGGAGUUGGCAACACGGGACGCCACCCUACUGAAGGCACCACCUACAACUCCUGCAAGCCAGGGUGAGGAAAUAUUCCACACUGCUAUCACUCAACGCUCGAGACGCCCGUCCCCUGCCACUCAGCUUAAACCUCGCCACCCUAAUUCUUCUGUCUCUGGGACCCCGACUUGCUACCGUUGUGGUAACACUGCUCACAGUGCGCCUGCUUGCAAGUUCAAGGAUGUCGUUUGUUUUCGCUGUGGAAAGACUGGUCAUAUUGGGCGCGUUUGCCGCAGCUCUCGCUCCCCGAACACUACCACAAAAGAUAGACGUAAACAGACAUUCCGUGUGGAUAUGGACAAUAACGGUUUUAGCUCUGAUGAGGAGACAUGUGUCCAGCAUGUUGGACUGUUUCGAGUAGCUGGGAGUACUCCGGCGAUUAAAGUGGAUGUCACACUCAAUGGCUGUCCUGUCUCCAUGGAUGUUGAUACAGGGGCAGCUGUGUCUGUCAUUUCAUGGACUGAUUUAAAGGCAUCGGGUCUGUCCCUGCCGCUAAAACCUACAAAGCUCACACUACAAACCUACAGCAAGGAACUACUACAGCCCUUGGGUUAUGUAAAACCCCUUGUUACAUUAGGCAACCGCAGUCAAAGUCUACGCCUUUAUGUUGUAAGGAAUGGAGGUCCUCCGCUGUAUGGAAGGGACUGGAUCAAAGCGCUGGGCAUGCCUCCUUUUACCAUUGCCCAAUGUACAUUGCUUUCUAAAGUAGACCAUUGGGUGGAAUCCCUGAAGUCACGUUUUAAAGAGGUUUUUGAGGACUCUUUGGGCACCGUAAAAGGAAAGAUGGCCCACCUCCUCUUGAAGCCUGGUGCUACACCUCGUUUUUGUAAGGCAAGAUCAGUACCUUUUGCCUUGCGAAAAAAAGUGGAAGCAGAGCUGGACCACCUAUUGGCUGAAAAGAUCAUAACGAAAGUGGAUAGAAGUGAAUGGGCAUCACCAAUUGUGCCUGUCAAGAAAAAGAAUGGAGACAUUAGGAUUUGUGGUGAUUUCAGGGUAGCUCUGAACAACCAACUUCUUGUGGAUCAAUACCCAUUGCCUCGACUUGAAGAUUUAUUUGGCUCACUGGCUGGGGGGCAAAAGUUUACAAAAAUAGACUUAAAGCAAGCUUACCUGCAACUGCAAGUACACCCAGAUUCACGCCAUCUGUUGACCAUUAACACUCAUAAAGGAUUAUUCCAGUAUAACCGCAUGGUUUUUGGCAUAGCCCCAGCUCCAGCCAUCUGGCAGCGGAUCAUGGAUGAGGUACUGGCAGGAAUACCUUUCACCCAAUGUCUACUGGAUGACAUGCUCAUCACUGGUCCCACUGAUGAAGAACACAGAAAGAAUGUUGAAGCUGUGCUAGGGAGACUCCAAAAGUAUGGUUUACGUGUCAAUCUGUCAAAAUGCGAAUUUCUCAAGUCUCAACUGGAGUUUUGUGCCCACACGGUGGACCGACAUGGGUUACACACUACUGAAGAAAAGGUUAAAGCCCUUACCCAUGCCCCUACCCCCCGGAAUGUCACCCAGCUCAGGUCCUACCUUGGCCUCCUAAAUUACUACCACCGUUUCUUGCCGAACCUAGCACACCAGCUCUACCCAUUACAUCGCUUACUGGAUGCAAGAGCUAAAUGGAUAUGGACAGACAAAUGUGAAGAAGCUUUUCGGCUUUCUAAAGAACUCAUUCUGUCUUCUCGAGUUCUGGUCCACUAUGAUUUAAAGAAACCCGUCAUCCUGGCUUGUGAUGCCUCGCCUUAUGGACUGGGUGCCGUGCUUUCCCAUGUCAUGCCGGAUGGCACGGAGCGCCCCAUUUCUUUUGCCUCCAGGUCUUUAACCUCAGCAGAACAAAACUACUCCCAGAUUGACAAGGAAGCUUUGGCCAUUGUAUGGGCCACAAAAAAAAUUCACGCGUACAUCUAUGGUCGGGAGUUCACACUUAUCACUGACCACAAACCUCUGUUGUCAAUACUGAACCCUCAGAAAGGAAUUUCUACAACAACCGCAUCUUGCUUACAAAGACUGGAUGGCCAGAGACAGUUUCAGGUGAAUUUCGUCCGUACUUUGCCAGAAAAUGUGAGCUUGUGA